AUGGGUUCUGGUUUUUGGUUUAAAGCAAUAAUUAGCUUGAGGAAUAGGAAGUCAAAAGAUCGAAGAUCAAAGAAAGCAAGGGGUACUUUAGCUCUGGAGAAGCUAAGUGCAUUGAAGUCGAACAAGUCUCCAGGAAAUGAGUCUAGUGAAUUAGCAAAUGGAAACCAAAAUGAAAAUCUUGCAUCAGUUGAAACUACUGCUGCAACAAAGAUCCAGACUGCAUUCCGGGCUUAUAAGGCUAGGAAGGCUCUACGACGAUUGAAAGGUUUCACGAAACUGAAGAAUUUAACACAAGGUUAUUCUAUUCAAAAGCAAGCCAGUACAACUAUAACAUAUCUUCAUUCAUGGAGCAGAAUACAGGGUGAAAUUAGAGCUCGUCGAAUCUGUAUGGUCACAGAAGACAAGAUCAGGCGGAAGAAGCAAGAAUCUCAACUAAAACUUGAGGAAAAGCUUCAUGAUUUCGAGGUUGAAUGGUCCGGCGGCCCUGAAACUGCGGAGGAAACCCUUGGUAGGAUACAUCAGAGAGGAGAAGCAGCAGUUAAGCGUGAAAGAGCCAUGGCUUAUGCCUUUUCUCAUCAGUGGAGAGCAAACUCUAGUCAGAGCCAAGUACUAGGCAGUUACGAGCUCGGCAGAGCUAACUGGGGUUGGAGCUGGAAGGAACGCUGGAUCGCCGCUCGUCCAUGGGAAAGCCGUGUCGCUAGCAUUAGCCCGAAGAAAACUCAAAAUAAACUAUCAUUCAAGGUUCAAAAGGAUAAAAAAACAUCAGCAUCUAAAACUCCGGUUUCGGUAACACCUCCUUCCUCCAAUGCAAAAGGCACUCCUCCUCCUAAAGGGAGUAGUACCAAAGGCAGGAGAUUGUCUUUUCCAACCACAGAGAAAGAGAAAAAUGUGGCUGAAGAAGGAGUGAAUUGA